AGAUAUUGCUUCUUUACCCCCCUCGAAUGUCAAUGAAACACCCACGAAUGUCUGGCCGGAGCUAGAUUAAUUUAGACGUUUCACCCUGAAGAGACGAUUCCUAGAUUGGAUGCGUCUUGUGCUCAUGAAGAAUAGUGGCCGCAUUUCCGGUCUACGUGACGGGACCAAGAAAUUCAUUCACUGUUAAAUCUUUUUAAAAUCACGUGGUAGGUAGAAACAUGGUGGGGUUGUUUCUAUAAAGUCUUCAGGAGAUCGAACAUCAGCUUCUUCAGGAUCUGCUCUCACCAUGGACAGAGUUCGAAGGUUCCUCAGUUUUUGGCUGAUUCUACUUUUCUCUGAUUAUUUGCGACUGGUCGAUGGGAAGUUUGUUGCCGAAGACUUUGAACGAAACUUGAUUGCACUUUCAAAGGUAAUUAAUUACAUUCAUCAUAGACCCCAUCAGAUGAACGCUGAUGUAACUUUAUCCAUCACCAUCGUUGAAGCUAACAUUGCCAAUACACUUUUACAUAAAAAUGCCCAGUAUCUCGGAACUGAAUACCAAAAAAUGCUGAUGACAAUUUUAAAAAUGUCUGACUCGACUAGAAGAUACCUGUUGAACAAUAUCGUUCCAGUAAACAGGGACGUACAAUUACUACACGAGACGUUAAAUAAUCCAGUUUUAUGGAUGCGACCGAUAUCUUGGAAAGAGGGUGUCCUGAAAAGAAGGAGAGUCAGUUCUUCUUUAAAUGAUCAAGAUAUACGAGAGUUGAUAAUGCAGGGGACGCCGAAAGAAGAGGAGAGCGAUCGAUGUCUCUCUGAUAUUAUUCGGAAUAAAUCGAAUCUGGGUUACACGAUUCCGGAGCUAUGCGUAGAUAUACUGAUGGGACCUGGUACCAGCAGGGGAUACCCUCUCACCCAUAGAUUACUGAUCGUUCAAGUUGCUAAAGCGAUGAAUUGCGAUCAAGCUUUACCUGUUUCGUCUUCUGAAUUGACACAGUAUUAUUGUUCCAAGAUUCUUCAGGAUCUGACUGACAUCCAGGCUGUUGGAUUUCCUUACCAUACACCUGAUUUGAUGAUGGAACAAGUUCUUCUCUGCGGUAUGGAGGGAUUUCUCGAGUUCACCGAUGAUCACUAUGACGGUUUAGUGAGGAAUUGGUCUCAUCCCAGUGGCUGUUACAGUUCCUUUGGAAACAAAUUUUUCGACAACCACAUCCACGUGUCUCGAAGAUCCUCAGUCCAAACCGAUUACGGUUGCGACAGCCACGCAACUGGUCUCGCGGCUGCAACCCUGUCUCUGUUUAUUCGUGAGAACGUGGAGAACGCAUUUAAUUAAAAUCACCAAACAAGCACACCUGUAAGAUCAAUCGUAUACGUAUUAAAGAAGGUAUAAGAAAACAAUCAA